UGAUCAAAUUCCUUGAACCGUUUCUAGGGUUUAUUUGCCCACGCCGCUCCACCUAUUUCCCCGUUUCCGAACUCCAUUUCCUCUUUCCAGCCCCCCCUCUUCCCAUUUUCCCUCCAAUGCUUCUCUCUCUCCUCCGCAGACGUCCCCUCCACUCCACCGCAACCCUCCUCCGUUUCCUUCACCACCCAAUUCCCAACCCCACUGACCAAUCCGCCGCCGCCUCCGCCGCCGCCGCCCCCGCCACCGUCUCCUACCUCAUAAGCUCCUGCGGCCUCUCCCCCUCCGCCGCCCUCUCCGCCGCCGAAAAAUUCCAUCUCAAAUCCACCGCCAACCGCGACGCCGUCCUCGCCCUCCUCAACGAACACGGCUUCACCAAGCUCCAGAUCGCCAACCUCGUCUCCAAGCACCCCGCCCUCCUCGCCGCCAGCCCGGAGAAGACCAUCAAACCCAAGCUCGAAUUCUUCGCCGGCAUCGGCUACACCGGCGCCGAUCUCGGCAAGCUCAUCUCCUCCGACCCCAACCUCCUCUUGGUCAGCCUCGAGAAACGGAUCGUCCGCAACUUCGACUUGCUGAAGACACUGCUCGGCUCGCCGGAGGCCGUUGUCGCGGCGAUCGCUGGUUCCUCUCGGCUUCUCCGGUACAAUCUCAGCACCAUGAUGCUGCCCAAUUUGCAGACAUUGAGAGAUCACGGAGUUCCGGCGCCGAAGAUCGUCAUGUUGGCUACCAGGUAUCCACGAGUGCUGAUGAAGAAGCCCGAUCACUUCACCAAAAUCGUCAAAUUGCUUAAAGAAAUGGGGUUGAAACCGAUAUUGACAAAGUUCAUUCUCGCUAUCAAUGUCAUGUCGGGGCUGACGACGGCGACGUGGGAGAGGAAGCUAGCGGUUUAUAGGAGUUUAGGAUGGUCCGACAAGGAGACUCUCAUGGCCUUCACGAAGCACCCCUACUGUAUGCUAUCGUCGGACAAGAAGAUAAGGGAAGUGAUGGAGUUCUUUGUGAAGAAGCUGCACUGGGAGCCGGCAUUUCUGGCAGCACGUCCGAAGCUUCUGUGCCUUAGUCUCGAGAAGAGGACCAUUCCAAGGUGCUCGGUUUUCAGCAUUUUGGAGUCGAAGGGAUUGGUGAGCUGGAAAUCGGGUGUGCAUACUUUUCUGCUAAUAAGUGAGAUAGACUUCUUAGAGAAGUAUGUGAUCAAGUAUAGGGAGCAGAUCCCCGAGGUGCUUGAGGCUCACCAGGGGAAAUUGGAGUUUGUAGGACUCCAGAAAAGGUACCGGAGAAGCUAAUGGAAAUCGGCAAUUGCGAAAGGGUUUAAUUGCUGGAGUUCUUGACUUCCUCUAUCUGUUCCAUUUUGUCACACUCUUGGAAGUUUUAUAAUUUCCAUUGUUCUUGUAUGGUUGUCGCUUCAGCUACCAGAAUGACAUGCACCAUGCUUUAAAAGAAAUUAUAUUGCCAAGAUGGGAGUGAAUUGUCUACAUUCACAGAUAGACUCAAGCUAAUUCGGGAUGUUCACUGUGAAGGGGAUUUUGGAAGGGUAGCUUGGCAAAUUAUCUCACCGUUGGUUCUUGUUGUUUGGCUGGCAAAAAAUGAUCUCCAAAUGUUUCACAUAAAAGAGAAUAAUGUGUCCAUUCUGUCCUGCAUGAAGGUGAGAUUUUCUGGAACUCUCUAUUGGUCUGUGAUUUUUUUUCUUAACCCACCAAUUAAGUAGUUCAUUCUUGAAAGUUUGGAACUUGUUGACAUGCUCUAUUUUGGACAUCUGUAUAUGUUGCUGAUUUCAUUCAGAGGUGUUGAGUGUCAUUUUGAUCAUUAAAUAUAUUGAGGCUAUUGACCUCCUCUGUAAAUGUCUGAGAUGAUUUUUCAAUGUGCCACAUCUUGUCUCCAAUCUUCUAACUAAAAUGUUGUUCACAUA